AAAAAGAGUUUGAGAUGGUGGUCACACCUGUUUGUCAUACUGGAAUAGAAACCUGGGUUCUGCUCUUCCAUUCUUACAUCCCAGUCAUGCAGUUGAGAAUGGAAUCUUUAACAUUCUACUGUUAUCCAAUAUUAGAUCACACAUCUACUGAUACCUCCAUA